AUUGCAUAGAAAAUUUUAGUUGCGUGAUACUGAGAAGAUUGGAUACAGGGAGAGGGGGAUGUGGUUUCUUAGCAGGAAAGGCCCAUCUGGGUUCUCCGCUUCUUCCACAGCUGAAGAAGUUACAGAAGGAAUCGAUGGGACUGGUCUCAUCGCCAUUGUUACAGGUGCAUCAAGUGGCAUUGGCAGUGAAACUGCUCGUGUCCUUGCAUUGCGCGGUGUACGUGUCGUAAUGGCUGUUAGGAAUGUAGCAACUGGUAGGAAGGUCCAAGAAGCCAUUGUCAAGGAAAACCCAACUGCCAAAGUUGAUACCAUGGAGUUGGACUUGAGCUCGAUGGCAUCUGUUCGGAAUUUUGCAUCAAAUUUCAAUUCCUCAGGUCUUCCACUGAACAUUCUCGUUAAUAAUGCAGGAGUCAUGGCCUCCCCGUUCUUGCUCUCGAAGGACAAGAUAGAGUUGCAGUUUGCAACAAACCAUGUGGGACAUUUUCUUUUGACAAAUCUGUUGUUGGAGACAUUGAAAAAGACAGCAACAGAAAGCAAAAAAGAAGGAAGGAUUGUCAAUGUCUCAUCGCGACGACACCAAUUUUCGUAUCGUGAAGGCAUCCGAUUUGACAAAAUCAAUGAUCCAUCAGGCUAUAAUGGUCUUUCUGCAUAUGGUCAAUCAAAGCUUGCUAAUAUUUUGCAUGCUUCCGAACUCGCAAGACAGCUGAAGGAAGAAGGGGUGAAUAUAACUGCAAAUUCACUACAUCCUGGAGCCAUUCCUACUAACCUAUUUCGUUAUCACGGCCUCAUCAACGGUUUUCUUGGCCUUGUGGGUAAACAUGUCAUGAAGAAUGUACAGCAGGGAGCAGCGACGACAUGCUAUGUUGCAUUACAUCCGCAAAUGAAAGGUAUCAGUGGCCAGUAUUUUGCUGAUGGGAACGUUGCCAAAGCAAGCUCACAAGCUAAUGAUAGUGAAUUGGCAAAGAAACUGUGGGACUUCACCCAAAAGUUGAUAUCCACCGCUUCAGAAAGUUGAUAUCAGUGCUUCAGAAAGUUGAUAUCAAUGCUUCAAACUUGUUUAAGAGCUCAUGUUCUAUAACAAUCUUCUCCUAAUGUUAAGAUCUUCUCCU